UCGUAUGUUUAAUGUCCAUUGAAGAUACACUUUAUGAUUAGAGAUAAUUAUCCUGAUGAAAAUUUACGGAAAAUUUAAUAAUACUUGUUAAAGAAUUCUGACAGUGCUCUCUGCUAGCAGGAUAACCUAUACUGCGACUUAAGGAUGGCGUUUUUUCAGUGCAAUUGUUUCCGAAUUGAACUUCACCUUUGACUGAUUGAAACAUAUUGUGAAGUUUAAUAGUGCCAAAAAGAGAAAUUUCAAUAAUUAUAAUGGCAUAUAACUUGAUAAUUUGAAGAUAUGAGGAACGCACAAAACAUGUUGAUUAACGGAUUAUUUUCACGUCUUUUAUUAAUUUUUAUUGGACCGACUGUGAUAAAUACAACACAAAUGGUAUGGAUGGCACCAUAUAGUCUAAUACCUGGGUCCAGUCUUCUAGUCAACGCUUCUACCUCCUUGCCAGCAUUGUCACUGGCUUUACAGAAAAUCUACAACCAAGGAAUACUACCAAAUAAUUCCAUAAGUGUGACCUAUCUGGACUCUGGAUGUAACAGCAAACAGAGUAUCGGGAUCCUGACUGAUUAUCUGGUACAACACCAUGUUGACGUCAUUAUAGGACCACCAUGUACUGAAGCAAUGAUCCCUAUCGCCGAACUAGCAUCCUACAGAGAUAUACCUGUGUUUAGUUGGUUAGCAAACGAAGAAAGCCUGGAUGAUAAAACUAAAGUGACCACCCUAGUCCGUGUUAUUUAUCCGCUCUCUCAACUAGGUGGCAUUGGCAUAUUGUUUUUCAGUGGACUCAACUGGUUCCGUUUGGUUAUGAUAUCGACUGCAGCGCCAGAAAGUAUUGCAUAUGCAAAUUCACUAGAAGCAGCUGUACAAUCUUUCUCUGUCAUUGGUUUUAAUCUAGUUCAUCAUUACAGUCAGGUCAGCACCAACAUCAGUGGAACAUCCCUAGAUGAAAUGUUUAAUGCUAUCAAAUAUGAAGGCAGAAGUAGGUACCAGUUGUGA